AAGAGAAAGAAAGAGCUGUGGACAGGAGAGCAGGAGAGACGAGAGGACACCAGAAGUGUAGUGAAGCUGUAGAUGAGACCGGGGAACCUCUGGAGUCAACAUCCGACGUCAAGGAUCUGAAGACAAACAAGGCAACCUCGACUCUCUUACGCAGUCUUUAACUCCAUCUGCACACACCAGCAUUUCACUUACUCGUGUCACACGCACCAACACACGUGCAAACACAGGCACGCGCACGCACACACGUCCAGAACUUUGCACACACGUCGAGCAGCAGCAUGUUUGAGGAGCAGGCCACCAAGGUCAAGAUCACGUCCGUGGUGAUUGUGGUGGGCAUGUCGGCGAUGCUGGCGGCGGUGGUGACUGACCACUGGGCCGUGCUCAGCCCCCGGGUGGAGAAGCUCAAUGCUACGUGCGAGGCGGCCCACUUUGGCCUCUGGAGGCUCUGCAAGAAGACCAUCUUCAUCGUGGAGGAGGACCCUCAGGGCAAAGGCUGUGGCCCCAUCAGCUUACCUGGAGCGAAAAACUGCUCCUACUUCAAACACUUUACCUCAGGGGAAGAAGCUGAAGUUUUUGAAGUGAAGACCCAGAAAGAGUACAACAUCUCAGCAGCAGCCAUCGCCAUCUUCAGUCUGUUCUUCAUGAUCCUGGGCACCCUCUGUGUCAUCUUCUCUUUCGGGAAGGGACGGGACUACCUGCUCCGGCCUGCUGGGAUGUUUUUCGCCUUUGCAGGCCUCUGUAUCAUCAUUUCGGUUGAGGUAAUGCGCCAAUCUGUCAGGCGCAUGAUCGACAGUGAUGAGACCAUCUGGAUUGAAUACCACUACUCCUGGUCCUUUACCUGCGCCUGCGCCUCCUUCACCCUGCUCAUCCUCAGCGGAGGCGCCCUGCUCCUCAUCUCCAUGCCCCACAUGCCACGUAACCCCUGGGAGACCUGCAUGGACGCUGAGCCUGACACCUUAGAUUAGCCACAGGUGAUGCAAUGUCUCAGAUCUUGAUUGAAAUGACAAAAAACACAAGUGGUUUUACAUCUUUUAGCCCUUUAACUACAUAUCAUAUCCCACAUAUUUAUCAUUACUGCAAGCUAUUUUCCAGAGCAUUAAAACGUUUUUCCCAUCCUCCAUGUCCAUUGAUUUCAGUUUAUGUUAGUAAAAUAUGAAAAUCAACUUGGAGAGAUUUGUGAUAGAUAACCAGCCACAGCAAAAACAAUGAAACCCAUGUUGUCUUCACAGGGUAAAGCAGCCAGGAACAGGAAUUGUUUUGAUCGCUCUCAGCCCGGUCCCCAGAAUAAAAUGCUGGUAUUGUAUGUUUCUACAAACAACAGUUACAUUUGCGCGUUAAACUGGAGCCAACAAAGACAGGACUCAGACGCAAGACUCAAAAACACAUCGUCUUUUUACUGCAAUCAGUCCAAAAACACAAAGGUAUCCAAAGGCAGUGGGUGAAACAUGCAAAAAUCUGUCCAAAUCCAAGAGAACACUUGGGAAAAAUAGCCAGAACACACACUCAAACAAAUGAGAAUGAACUGGCAACAGACACAGGGUAGCACAAGGAGUAAAUACACAAGGGAGGAGGGGUAAUGAGGGACAGGGGAAACCAAUCAGGGCGGGGCAGAUAAUCACACAAGAACGUACCUGAAAUGAGAGACAAGGAUGAGUAUCUGAAAACAAGGAAAACAUGACCUUAUCUAGGACCUCAGGGUGUAACACAUGUUUCAUACAUAUCAUUAACAUUUCUAAAGUGACGUGGUUCGGAUUACAUGUAGCUGAGUUUCUCAUCAGGAGGUGGAGGGAAUGGUGGAUGGUGUCACACCUAGGCAAGAUGACAGAAGCAGAUGACUGUGCAAGACCAACAAACAACAAAAGUGGAUAUUUUUUUAAAAAAAGGGAAACGUAAAG